GAUUUUAACUGUCACAAAAGACUCGCUCAAAAUGGUAAGCAAAGCCACUUCUGUCUCUCAGACAUAGCCACUUUAUUCUCCUCAUUUCUCUCUAUUAACUUGAACAAUAAUACUCCUUUUCUCACAAGGAUUUGUAAGAACAACCUUUCUUAUAUCCCAAGCAAUCUACGAAACUGGUAGAAUCUGGGGGUUUCUCUAAUCAUCAACCUUCAAAUGUCGUCAACAACAUCAAUAGAUUCAAUACCAGCUACUGCUGUUUUCCCUAGUGUUUCCAUGCCUGUCACCGUAGUUUUGACCGGUGUUCUUCUCUUUGUAAUUUUCGCCGGAUUCUUCUCUCUUUUCUUAUGGCAGUUUCUUCUGAAUCGAUUAUUUACUACUUGGAACCUUCAACGAACACCUUACGGUGACCUAAUCCAUGUGGCCACUCCGCCUGAAAAUACUGGCCUCGACCCGUUUAUCAUCCGGUCCUUUCCUGUAUUCCACUAUUCAUCUGCAACUAAGAAAAAUCAUGGGACGGAAUGCGCUAUUUGCUUGUCAGAGUUUUCAGAUGAAGAUACAGUUAGGCUCAUAACGGUUUGUCGUCAUCCCUUUCAUUCAAAUUGCAUUGAUCUUUGGUUUGAGUUACACAAGACUUGUCCUGUUUGCCGGUGUGAGUUAGAUCCUGGCAUGAUUGGAUCUGGAAGGCUUGAAUCAUUCCACAACACAGUCACAAUUACUAUUCAGGACAUAAACCAUGAUGAGGAAAAUCCUCCAACCGCUGGUUCAAGCAAAAGGCUAAUAGAAGCCUCGGCUUGGCGAUUCUCGAGGUCACAUUCUACUGGACAUUUCAUGGUUAAGACUACGGAUGCUAAUGUGAAGUCCAAAAGAAGGCAUUACCAAACAGGAAGCUGUGUCUCGUUCGACGAACUUACUCGGUAUGAAGGAGCAGGAUGGCAAUGGCUUGGUGAUUCAUCACACAUUAGCAGGAUUGAAGUAUAG